GCCCACAUACUCAUUUCUCUCUCUCUCUCUCUCUCUCUCUCUCUCUCUCUCUCUCGCUCUCUGUUGCUACACUUUCAUACAGCCUCACAUAUUCGACCGCAUGUUUGUUUGAAGAGUUUCAGCCAUUUGUGGAUCAUUUUAAUCUUCAUUUAUUUUUAAAUCUGUAUGUAAUGCUUGGAUUUUCUCACAAUUCUGUUUUUCAAUAAGUGAUGGAGAAAUUAAGACUGUUAAACAAUCGUCAUGUCAAUUUGUGGCAUGUUUACAAUGCGCUGCUCCUGAUUGUUCCAUCUGUUGUUGGUUUUAACCUCAACACUGAACAACCCAGAAUUUUUAAAGCUCUAAGUGACCCUUCAGCAUUUGGUUACCGUGUUUGUCACUUUGGAUCUGGCAGUGUGUUAGUAACAGAUCCUCUCUAUAACAAUGGCACAGGUAGUGUGUACAGGUGUGUGUAUCAAGAAGGGCAGUGUGUUAAGCUCCCUAUUGAAGUCCAGUCAGAUGGAGCAUUUGGACUUUCCCUUGCUUGUACUGAACAUCGUGCCAUGGUGUGUAGUCCUCGUGUGCAGCAGGAGUGUGAAGGGUUUCAUUAUUUGCAUGGUGUGUGUGUGGAGCUCAAUGUCUCUCUCGCACACACUCACUCACACAAACCUGUUUUCCAAGAAUGUCAUGCGAUUCCUCCACUUGAUGCAGUGAUUCUGUUUGAUGACUCUCAGAGUAUUGCAGCUGAAGAUUUCACAAAAAUGAUCAGUUUCAUCAAAGACGUCAUCAGCUCAUUCAUACCCAACCCAAGAGCACAGGUGGCUGUAGCAAAGUUCUCCACUCGAGUCUCUGCAGUGUUUCAGUUUGAGAAUUUUGCUGCAGAUCGAAACGCAGAUAGUCUGAUGAAAGGAAUCACACACAGUAAAGGGAACACACACACACCUUCAGCCAUACGCUUUGUACUAGAUGAAAUGUUCCAGGAGAGAGUAGGAAUGAGAAGCAACUCUCAGAAGCUGCUGGUUGUGAUCACUGAUGGAAAAUCAAAUGAUGAAAAGGACAACUUCAACUCUGUGAUCUCGCUGGCCGAUAUGAAAGGAGUCACCCGAUUCGCCAUUGGGGUGGGUAAGGAGUACUCUCGAGAGGAAUUGGAACAGAUUGCUACGGAACCUCGUUAUGUGUUUGAGACACCAAGUUUCAGUUCUCUUACCUCUAUUGUCUCCCAGCUCACUGAGAGGAUCUUCAGCAUUGAAGGUACAAACGUGGGGAAUUCUAUCCAGCUUGAACUCUCUCAGGGAGGAUUCAGUGUUGCACUUUCUGAGGAGGUGAGUGUGUUUGGCGCAGUGGGAGCAUUCUCCUGGUCAGGUGGUUUGGAGGAAAAAAUUCCAGAACUGAACGCUUCAUUCAUCAACGCAUCAACUAUGGAAGACAUGAACAACUCGUACCUGGGUUAUUCUGUUGCUAUGGCAACGGUCUUGGGGGGUCAUGUUUACUUUGCUGGUGCUCCAAGACACAAACACAUAGGGGCCGUGUUUGGAUUUACACGGGACGCACACAAGCACUGGAGUGUCACAUACGCUGCCCACGGGACUCAGCUGGGGUCGUAUUUCGGGGCGGAGCUGUGUGUGUUGUAUGGUGAUGACAUUGUGUUGUUAGCAGUUGGGGCUCCAAUGUUUUACGCUGCUGGAGUUGGAGGAGAAGUUCAGCUCUGCUCUGUGGAGACAGGAGCACUGAACUGUUCGGAAGUGUUGAGGGGAUCAGCGGGGAAUGUGGACGGUCGAUUUGGCUCUGCCCUCGCAGUUCUACAGGACCUGAAUGAAGACAAUGUGAUGGAGCUAGCAGUAGGAGCGCCACAUGAAGAGCAGGGCAAGGGAGCCAUUUACAUCUUCACUAGUCACAGAAGGGGCCUCAGAACCAAACACACACAGAGGGUGGGCGGUGCAGCAGUAGGGUAUCUUCUGCAGUAUUUUGGUUUGUCUCUUCACUCUGUGGGAGAUUUGAGCUCAGAUGGACUUCCUGAUCUGGUGGUUGGAUCCAGAGGAGCUGCUACAGUGCUCAGGACACAGCCAGUUAUAUGUGUAGCUGUGUCAAUCACAAUGGAUCCACCAAUCAUAGCCCAGAACUUCUUUCAUUGCUCCGCCCCUCACGGCCUCAACACCCCUAUUGCCAAAGCAACUGUGUGUCUUAAGCUAAGAGAGGUUUUCACAGGAACCAUACAUGGUCCUUUCCAUGCCACUGUAUCUGUCUUUCUGGAGUUAGAUUCUGGCUCCACUUCUCCUCGUCUUUUCUUUUACCCAGUGUCCAGCAUUUCAUACUGGAAUACGACUCUUAGUAACACUUCGGUGUGUCACACAUUCCCCAUCACCAUCCAGAGCUGUAUAUCAGACUACCAGGAUGUUCCUCUCUCAGGGAGACUCACAGUUAGAGGACAGACAGUGGGACACACACAAGGCCUGAGACCUGUCCUGCACCCUGACUGUCCAAACACACACACCAUCACACACACGGUGUUACUGGAGAAGGUGUGUGGUGAAGAUCAUGUGUGCGUGUCGAACCUCAAUGUGUCUCUCCAAGUCAGCAGUGACAUGGUGGUUAAUAUACAGGGUUUCAGAGUGAAUGUGUCUGUGGUGGUGGUUAAUGAAGGAGAAGACGCCUCAGGCACAGAGCUGUUCUUCCUACAUCCCUUGGUCCUGUCGUUCACUCGCAUCAGUCCGGUGGAGUCCAUUGGCUACAUAGAGUGUUCCUCCCAUGAAACAGCUGUGAUGAACCUCACACAAACAACAUGCAGACUCGGAUCCACUAUCUUCAGACAGAGAGCCAAGGUGGUUUUCAUUAUGUCGUUCCAGUUGUCUGAGCCAGUUUCUCUCGGGGACCGAGUUGAUGUGAAUGUGACAGUUAAAAGUAAGAAUGAGAAUCCAGGAACUCUGCAUGACAACAGCGCGAGUGUGUCGAUGCCUGUUAAGCAAGUUGUCCACUUCCUUUUGAGAGAUGGUGGCUCCACACAAUAUAUCCAUUACAAUAACUCUGCUUUAAUCCAGCACAUAUAUGAGUUGGCCAAUGCAGGUGUUCUCUCCACUUCAGUCAGUGUGACUUUUGUGUUGCCAUUGGAGACAAACUCUGGUUUAUUAUGGGAUGUUUCUCCUCCUGGAAUUAAUGUCACUGGAGUAAAGUGUGACAAACCGAUGUUGCUGAAAAAAGUUAACACAUCAUACAACAGUCAGAACUGCCGAGGCUCCAGCUGUCAUCUGAUUAGCUGCUCUGUUAGCCUAUUAACCAGUGACCGGCCAGUCACAUUUACCUUUUCAGGAAAAAUUAACACACAGACAAAGGUGGACAAUGUUCAGGUGGAGAGUUGGGGUUUGGUCUCAUUUGAUCAGAAUCGAUACACACAGUACCUUAAUGAGGAAGAUUUACUGCGCUCAAUUAUAACCGUGGUAGAAUCUCCCGCUCAGGCUCAGACCACACUGAUUGCCUCUCUGUCUGUGUUGUUUGGUGUUUUAGUGAUGAUUGUCCUGUUCAUGGUGCUGUAUAAGGUUGGGUUCUUUAAAUCUAAAUCUUUUGAAACUGCUGCUCAGGAGGCUGAUGGACCCACAGCGACCUCUACAGAGCAGAAUGACUCCAACACAGCAGCUGAAAACACGGACGGAAAAACAGCAUCCAACAACACACACACGGACAAUCCCAACAAAUCCAAUAACUGUAACACUGCUCAUGUAGUUGAGGAAACAUCAGUUCUGUAGAGUGAAGGAGGGAAGGAGCUUAUCUUGCCUGUAAUAGGUGUGGUGAGAUCACAUCAUUUAAACCAAUGAAUUGUAAACAAAAUCCAACACGGAGGAGGGGAAAAGCAGAAGUAUGUGUGUGUGUGUGCGUAUUUGUGCAUGUGCGCGUGUGUGCGUAUGUGUGCGUAUGUGUGUGUAAACAUUACUUCCAUACAAUGAAAUUAAAUUUCCUAUACUCCAAA